AGCUCUGUUCAUCUGGUAGCUGAAGUGACUUCAGUGUAGACAGUUGAGGUUUCCUACUCCAUUUUAAACCAGAACUUACCUCUCUUCUCCUUACAGCCAGGUGUAGCUCAGUUGAUGACAGUCCAUGUAUUUUGAAAAAUGGUAUGGGAAUCGUCUUGUAGUACUGAAGUGUUGCAGUGUUAUGAAUCAGAUCUGAUUUUGUGCAUUUUCCUCUUUCCUCUCUAGAUAACAGUGAACAGCAUUCCUUAUAAGGAGAGUCGUGGUAAGCUACUUACCACUCAGCCUGGAAGGAGUUUGAACAAACAAUCAUUUCCUCACUCAGCUUUAAAUAUAUCAACAUGUCUUGGAACAAAAGACUAUGGCCUGCAGAUUAAUCUAUAUCCAACAUUUGUGCUCAAAUAUUGCUGAGAUUGUGUGUUCACUGGUGCAGCACAGUUAGGAGCCAGAGUGUCAUUCAUGAUCUUCUCAUUUCAUGAGCACACUGUACACAGUUUUGUAUAUGAUCUGUUUCUUAUGUCAGCCUGGGGCCACCGUAGUUUGGAGAACCACAGCACAGUUCAUAAAUAAUAGUGCCGUGUACGGAAACUUCAAUAUACGCGAUUUACCAUUUUUAUUUUUGUCCCUGUAUUGUCCCUAACAGGUCUUUUUUCUCCUAGAAAGAAAGUUUCAUGUUACUAAUCCACUUUUUUAAAGGAAUUAUGACCAUAAUUUGCAGACUUCAGAUGAUCAGUUCCUUUCAGGAAAGUCCAACACCCGUUGCCUCAGUGUAGCAGAUGUUGACAGAGCAUGUGAAGUGUAGUGCAGUAGUGCAUUGCUUCAUGGUCUGCUGCGUCAUAUGACGUUGCACCAGAUUAGAGGCGGGUGCCUGUGUCCAAUAGCAGGCUGUGGGAGGCAGUGUGAGGUUAGAGAGGCGGGCUGUAGCAGCCAGCUGUUGGAGACACAACAACCACAAACGGCAUCUGCACUGCACUGCUGCAGGUGAUCAUUCAUUCAUCUAGUCCUCACUUCAUGACACAGCUCUCUGUUUCACAUCUCUAUUUCCCACAUUCUACCAAUUCAGAGAAAAGCCUUGGCGGAAAGGUCAAGACUUGAGCGCAGAAACAAAAAACAUGGGGAGGAAGAAAAUACAGAUUUCCAGAAUUGCAGACCAGAGAAAUAGAAAGGUGACCUUUAUUAAACGUAAGUUUGGUCUGAUGAAGAAAGCCUAUGAGCUGAGCGUGUUGUGUGACUGUGAGAUCGCCCUCAUCAUCUUCAACAGCACCAACCGCCUGUUCCAGUACGCCAGCACAGACAUGGACAAAGUGCUGCUCAAAUACACCGAGUACAGUGAGCCGCAUGAGAGCCGGACCAACACGGAUAUAUUGGAGACGCUGCGCAAGAAAGGUAUGGAUUUGGUCCACUCAGUGAUGAACAGUGAGGGGAUGAUGCAGGUGACUGUGGACAAAGAGCCGCUCAAUGAAGGUGUGGACCGUUCUGUGGCCCGCCAGCGCUGCCAUGCUCAGUCUCAGUUCCUGCCUGAGUUGCUGUUGCCAACCAGUGGUGACAGCGGCUUUACAAAUACAUCUGGACCCAAUAUGGGGUCGAACAGACCCGGAGGAUUCAAAACUCCGACCAGACCUGGAGUCACGAACUCUGCUGCGCUCAACUCACACAGUGCAUUCAUGUGUCCCCCCCCUGGUAUUGGCUCCUCACGCUUCUCCCACGGGAACUUCAAUCGAUACGUCGACGCAACAAUUCCUCUUCUGACUCACAGAGAUGUCCUUCCUCAGACUGUGGAUAAUCCUACAAGAAGUUUCCUGCGCCAGGAUCUCCAUGGCAACAGCUCAAUGGUGGCUGUGGGGAAGGCCGGACUGUUGGGCUACAAUCCCUGUGGACUUUCUUCUUCAGGAUCCUCUGAUUGCAACCUGCCAGACUUGUAUUCUGCAUCCACUUUUCCUCAAGGAGCCGUGAACCCCUGGUCCCAAGAACUUCAGGUGCCUCGAUUAAGCCUCGGUGGAGGGCGCUGCAACCCGUCUCACGCUCGCUCCUCAUCCUCGCCACGUCGGCCCGCUCUCAGCCUCAGCAUCAAAUCAGAGCGCAGCUCCCCUGAACUCAUGUCCUCACCUGCCUCUCCUCCUCCUCCUUCCACUCCUCCUCACCUCAGACAUUACAUCAGUUCAUCCUCUCACAGGCCUGCGGAGCCUCGACUGGCCAAUGAGGAGAAGAUGUUUGUGGAGGAGCCGGGACUGACGGACCUAAGUGGAGGCUGGCACAGAUAACUCAGAGCAGGCCUCUCCAGUGUGACCCAUAAAGAGAUGUCGACUAUACCUUCAUCUUGAAGUGGAACGUUUUUUUUUUCUCCUUUCAGUUUUGAGCAACAACUUAUCUAGCGUGUUUCAGACAGCGAUAACGGGGCUUCCUAUGUUUGAAUUUCACCGUUCAUUUUCAAAUAAUUGUGCAAAAAAGGCAGACGAGGCUUGUGUUUUUUACGUUGGUAAAAUAUGACAAAAAAAUAUGUUUUGACGUAGAGUUUUAAGUCAUUGGGAGGGCUGCUGUAGCCCAGUAUCCCUGGGCACAUUGAAGGAAUGGAAGAAAGUAAAGCUACAGUUUGAAGACAUUUAAACAACCCACAAACCUGCACCCUCUAUGGUCAGGUAAACUGCCAGUUUGAUGAUGUAAAGGUACCUUAAGUUUCACCUUCCAAAAUGUUCUGUUACCUAAAGCAAGGCUGCUUUAUCAUGGGACCAAAUCAGAUCCAUGUGCACUGUAUCACCGAAACACAGUGAUGAAAACACGGAAGACUCUUGUUACACCAUCACCAUGACAACUUUUGA